CCAAGUCCAAUCCAAUAAUAAGACAUCAUCAUCUUCUUCGUUCACUUUUUUCCUAUCUUCUGCCGCAAUUACCCUUUUUCAAUCUCCAAUCUCCUCCUCCAUUCCAGACCCUUACCUUUGCUUCCCAUGGAGUUUGAGGUGAGACACGUGGCUGGAAUAGAAGACUGUUUCGUAUCUCUUCCCCUUUUACUCAUCCAAACCCUUCAGUCCACGCGCUCUUCUCUCCUCCCUCCCCUUCUCACUCUCGAGCUUCGCCUCCCACGCGCCUCCGACGAUCCUUGGAUUGUCGCUUGGUCCGGCGCUACUUCUUCUUCCACCGCUAUCGAGGUUUCACACCAGUUUGCUGAAUGUAUAUCGUUGCCGAAUCACACCACAGUUCAAGUACGAGCAGCUUCUAAUUUGGCAAAGGCUACGUUAGUCACAAUGGAACCUGAUACCGAGGAUGAUUGGGAAAUUUUAGAGCUUAACUCUGAGCAUGCUGAAGCUGCAAUAUUAAAGCAGGUCAGGAUUGUCUAUGAAGGAAUGCGGUUUCCUCUAUGGUUACAUGGUCGAACAAUCAUAACCUUCCAUGUCAUUUCAACUUUUCCCAAGAAAGCGGUGGUUCAACUUGUACCUGGAACUGAAGUUGCCGUUGCUCCAAAGAGACGUAAGAAAAAUUUAAACAACAUAGAAUCGUCUACUGGAGAAUCUCAUGGUGCAAAAGCACUGCUUCGCUUGCAAGAUUCAGAUAGAAGAUUGUUUCAUAAAAGUAAUGUCAAAGGUGUUGAGCUAGGGGUAGCACUUACGUCUGUUGCCUUUAUUCAUCAAGAAACAGCUAAAAGGCUUUCAUUGGAGUCUCUUCAGUUGGUUGUUAUUGUGCCAAGGUUAUCAGCUAAAGAGAGCGUUAAGAAUCUGGAAAAUGAUGCCUCUAGAAUGAAAAGAAGUUUAACUUCGAAGGAAGUAAAUAGUGGGAUUUCAAUCGAUAAUAAGGAAUUCCGACAAGUGAUUGUUCGCCUUUUAAUUUCAGAUUCGGUCGCUAAAGGACAUUUAAUGGUUACGCGGUCUCUCCGACUUUAUUUGAGAGCAGGACUACAUUCAUGGGUUUAUUUAAAGGGGUAUAAUGCUGCUUUGAAGAAGGAAAUUCCUGUACUUUCACUUUCUCCUUGCCACUUCAAAUUGGUUGCAAAUGAUAAGGCUAUUGGGAAUGGGCUUGAAAUGCUUGAUCGUCAUAAAACUCAUAGGUCACAAAACUUACUCCCAAUAUCUGGUUCAGGAACCUCUUUAGGAGUAGUAAAUUGGUCAACUCAUGAGAAUGUUGUUGCUGCACUUUCUUCUGAAUUUCCUUACCAAGAAGCUGGAGACUGCAAUCAUCAAGACAAUAAAAAGGGCUUAGAAUGUCUUCUUCAGGCAUGGUUUCUUGCUCAACUUGAUGCUAUAGCUUCAAAUGCAGGGACGGAAGUUAACACGUUGAUUUUGGGGAGUGAAAGUCUACUUCACUUUCAGGUGACCAUACACGAUUCUGGAACUUAUGGACUUGUCUCAUCUAAUGGUUUUUCAGAGAAGAGAAAUAAGACAAAGGAUUUGCCAAUUGAAAUUUCAUACAUAUUGACCAUCUCAGAGGAAACACUCCACAGUGGACAAGUCAAUGCAUAUGAACUUUCAUUUGAUGAUGGAAACAAGAGGGUUGAUGUCCAGGGAGGUGUAGAGUUGUUUGGAAAGCUAACUUUGGGUAACCCUGUGUCCUUAUGUUCUGUUAAAGACAGAACAUCUGUCAAGGGGUUUAGCACAGAUGUAUCUUCAUUAAGCUGGAUGGGUGCAACUGCUUCUGAUGUUAUCAACAGAUUGAUGGUGUUGUUGGCUCCUUCUUCUGGAAUUUGGUUUAGUACUUAUAAUCUUCCUUUCCCAGGACAUGUUCUAAUAUAUGGUCCAGCGGGUUCUGGGAAGACAUUAUUGGCAAGAGCUGUUGCAAAAUCCCUUGAAGAACAUGAAGACCUGUUAGCACAUGUAAUCUUUAUAAGCUGCUCUGGACUUUCUUUAGAGAAGGCUCCAACCAUUCGUCAAGCACUUUCAAGUUUCAUAUCUGAAGCUCUAGAUCAUGCUCCUUCAGUUGUCGUAUUUGAUGAUCUUGAUAGCAUCAUCCAAUCUUCUUCUGACUCAGAAGGAUCUCAACCUUCAACCUCAGUUGUUGCACUUACUAAAUUUCUCACCGACAUCAUGGAUGAAUUUGGGGAAAAGAGGAAGAGCUCUUGUGGUAUUGGUCCAGUAGCUUUUAUAGCUUCUGUGCAAUCUCUGGAGAGUAUCCCCCAGUCUUUGAGCUCAUCAGGAAGGUUUGAUUUCCAUGUACAACUGCCUGCACCUGCUGCCUCUGAACGUGGGGCCAUACUGAAGCAUGAAAUUCAGAGGCGUUCCCUACAGUGUCAUGAUGAUAUCAUAAUGGAUGUAGCUUCCAAAUGUGAUGGAUAUGAUGCAUAUGAUCUGGAAAUAUUGGUUGAUAGAGCUGUUCAUGCUGCUGUUGGCCGGUUUUUGCCUUCUGAUUCUGGUUCUGAAGAACACAUGAACCCCAUGCUAGUUAGGGAUGAUUUCUCUCAUGCUAUGCAUGAGUUCCUUCCAGUUGCCAUGCGUGACAUAACUAUAUCAGCUCCUGAUGUUGGUCGCUCUGGUUGGGACGAUGUUGGUGGUCUCAAUGACAUUCGGGAUGCUAUCAAAGAGAUGAUAGAACUGCCUUCAAAGUUCCCAAAUAUAUUUGCCAAAGCGCCUUUAAGGUUGCGAUCUAAUGUUCUGUUGUAUGGUCCUCCUGGUUGUGGCAAGACUCACAUUGUUGGUGCUGCUGCUGCUGCUUGUUCACUAAGAUUUAUAUCAGUGAAAGGGCCUGAACUACUGAACAAAUACAUUGGUGCUUCUGAGCAAGCUGUUCGAGAUAUUUUCUCUAAGGCAGCUGCUGCUGCACCUUGCCUCCUCUUUUUUGAUGAAUUUGAUUCCAUUGCCCCUAAAAGAGGACAUGACAACACUGGAGUAACUGAUCGAGUUGUCAAUCAAUUCCUAACUGAAUUAGAUGGUGUUGAAGUUUUGACUGGUGUAUUUGUGUUUGCUGCAACAAGUAGACCGGAUCUGCUUGAUGCUGCAUUGCUGAGACCAGGUAGGCUUGAUCGCCUCCUUUUCUGUGAUUUUCCAUCUCCCCGGGAAAGGUUGGAUAUUCUGACCGUUCUUUCAAGAAAGUUGCCAUUGGCCAGUGAUGUCGAUUUAGAUGCCAUAGCAUAUAUGACAGAAGGAUUUAGCGGAGCUGAUCUCCAAGCUCUUCUCUCAGAUGCACAGCUUGCUGCGGUUCAUGAACAUUUGAGCAGUGCGAAUAGCAAUGAGCCUGGCAAAAUGCCGGUCAUAACUGAUACUGUUCUGAAGUCUAUUGCUUCCAAGGCAAGACCGUCAGUUUCAGAAGCCGAAAAACAGAGACUGUAUGGAAUCUACAGUCAGUUUCUGGAUUCAAAGCGAUCUGCCGCCGCACAGUCGAGGGAUGCAAAAGGCAAGAGGGCAACUCUGGCAUGACCGGAAAAUAGUCACGGCUUCGUGGAGCUGAAAUAGCUAGGGAAGCAUUUUUCUUAGCUUCUUUAGAUUUCCAUUUUAUUCUGAUUUCCAAGUUAUUUUACAUAAAUACAAUAAUUACAUUACUUGAAAGAAUAAUGGAUGGGUUUUCUAGUUUAUAUCUUAAAUUAAAUAGAAAGUUAAAUAAAAAAGAUAAAAUGAUUAGAGUAAA